AUGAGUGGUGGUGGAGGUGCUAUAUUGGCUGAUCGUAAUCGACUGUCAUCACAAUCCUCAGCAACAAUAUGUCGUAAUUCGCUUAUUCCCCAAGAUAACGUUAUCAAUGAAUCGGAAUUUCCAUCUUUAGGAGUACGCUCAUCUUCAACAUCUGCAUUUAAUUCUUUACCCACCACUAGUAAUUAUUCUUCACCUCUACCACAAAAUCAUCCAUACCCAAAAGAUAUUUAUAAUGUGUCACAACGGGCUCCAUACGAAAAAAAUAUGUAUGCGGCUGUCGUAGCGGCGGAUACGUAUCGAGCAAUGAAAAACACAAAUUUGAUGCGAACGAAUGAUGGAAAUUCGCUGCCUGCACAAAACGUCGAGUUCCAUAUUCAGAAUGAAGAUUUUCCCGCAUUACCAGGUACAGUGAAAAAUAUUCCUGCGGGCAUGUUGAAUGACCAGUUUGGUAUGGCAGGGCUCCUGACAUUUUUACGCGCGAUUGAGACUGAUCCUGCUAUAGUGGCUCUUGCCCUUGGUCAUGACCUUACAACAUUGGGAUUGAAUUUGAAUUCUAGCGAGCGAAAUAUUUAUGCCACUUUUGGAGGACCAUGGGCAGACUAUCCAUGUCGGAUACAAGAUCUAGAAACAAGGGUUCCUGAUGAAUAUUUGACAAAUGUUUCAAUUCGAGAAAAGCUGCCUAAUAUUAAAUUGAGUAAGCUGUCGGAGGAUGUGCUGUUCUACCUCUUUUAUAACUGUCCAGGCGAAGUGUACCAGGUUGCCGCUGGUAGUGAGCUGUAUAGUAGAGACUGGAGAUUCCAUAAAAGUCAACGUGUGUGGUUAACUCGGUCACAGUAUGGAGGUGUUAAGGAACAGACAUCGACGUAUGAAAAAGGAUCGUACAAUGUUUUCGAUCCUGUACAGUGGCGAAAAAUACCGAGGGAUAUGACUUUGGAGUACAAAGAGCUUGAAGAACGACCAAAAUUGCCUCAGCCUCUAUUGCAACCACCAGUGCAACCGCAAGUUGCACAGGCAUCGACCACAGCUGUGUCACAAAAUGGCUCAUAG